AUGGCUCCCGAUCCCCAAUGUGCUGCUUUGAACGCUGCCAAGAAUAGGACUGGAUUGUCGUACUCACAGAUCGCUGCUAGAAUCAAUAAGCCUGAACAACAUGUCAUUGACGUCUGCACUGGCACAGUCAGGCCUACGACUGCAGAGUUCAAUGCCCUCGCGCGUGCUUUGGGUAUCACUGAUGCGCCACCACAUGACAGUGCACACGCCACGGUGUAA